AUGACCACUAAGCUGAAGCCGGUGACUGCGUUCGCUCCAUUUCGGCCUCGUCACCUGACGAGGCCGAAACAGACAGCUUCUAUGUUGCACGUUCAUGUACCAACAGAGAGGAACUCAUUUGAGCUAUUGACACGUACAAUCACAACCAUGAACGAGCAUUCAAAAUUAAGUCAAGUGAUAUCCGCAGAUACAGAACCGCAUGUGUUGACCCAAAGUGCAAAUUCGACGUCUCAUUUGUGUAUGGAAGAUGAUUCGGCCGCUGCAAACUUUCUCUCAUCACAACGCUCUCGAAAGAACGUACGUCGUACAACUUCAAGAAGUGCGCCAAUCUGUCGCUGUCAAGGGCCGGCAUGCUAG